GACCUCGCAGCCACUGAAUUAUGCAGAUCCUCCCUCCUUCCUGGCGAUUCGGCAGCUCCACACUUCUCACUGAGCCGCGCCAGCCACCAUCCACGAGGCCGUGGCGCGUACAUGACGUCACUGGAGCGCGACUCUUCCGCCUGUUCUCUAACAACAUGGCUCUUGCGCCGCCUAUUCGGCUCCUCGCCUCCCGGUUACUCCUGGUGCCAAGACGGGAGUUGGUAGUAGGCAAUCCCGACGAACCCCUGCCAAUAGUACGCAUUCCGCGGGCCCUACAGCGGCGGCAGGAACAGCCACAGAGCAGGCAUCAGAGCACCCCGCGGCCAGUGCUUGUGAGACCUGGACCACUGCUAGUCUCGGCGCGGAGGCCAGAGUUGAACCAGCCCGCACGCCUCACGCUGAGCCGUUGGGAGUGUGCGCCGCUCGCUUCACGUGGUUGGAAGCACCGGCGCUCUCGUAGAGAUCAUUUCUCCAUCGAACCGGCGCAACGCGAGCCCCCAGCGCUGCGAAACCGCUCAUCUGGGUGCAGCUUCGAGGACCUAGGUCUGGAUCCUCGUCUGUUGCACGCACUACAGGAGGCUAUGCCCGAGGUCCUUCGGCCCACAACUGUGCAAUCCAGCACCAUCCCCCCACUGCUUCGCGGCCGCCACGUUCUCUGCGCCGCAGAAACCGGCAGUGGCAAGACUCUCGGCUACCUACUACCGCUGCUUCAACGGCUCAUAGGCCAGCCACUUCUGGACUCCCACCGUAUGCCCACACCCCGAGGACUGGUCCUUGUGCCUUCGCGAGAAUUAGCCGAACAGGUACAGGCUGUGGCCCAGCCGCUGGGCAACGCCUUGGGGCUGCAGAUGCGGGAGCUAGGGGGAGGCCGUGGCAUGAGGAGUAUCAGGGUGCAACUGUCGAAACAGCCGUCAGCAGAUGUGUUAGUCUCCACUCCAGGAGCUCUGUGGAAAGCCCUGAAAGGUCAGCUGGUCAGGCUGGAGCAGCUCUCCUUCAUGGUGUUGGAUGAGGCAGAUACGCUAUUGGAUGAAAGCUUCCUAGAACUGGUGGACUACAUCUUGGGAAAGAGCCAUAUAGCUGAAGGCCCAGCUGACUUAGAUGACGUUUUCAAUCCUAAAGCUCAGUUAGUGCUGGUGGGAGCCACCUUUCCUGAAGGCGUGGGACAGUUGCUGAGUAAAGUCACCAACCCGGACUCUGUAACCACCAUCACCAGCACCAAGCUUCACUGUAUCAUGCCUCAUGUCAGACAGACAUUUAUGAGGCUGAAAGGAGCAGACAAAGUGACAGAGCUGGUGGAGAUCCUCAAGCAGCAUAACAAAAAAGACAAGACUGGACCCUCUGGAACUGUCUUAGUGUUUUGUAACAGCUCCAGCACGGUCAACUGGCUCGGAUAUAUUUUAGAUGAUCACAAAAUCCAACACUUAAGGCUACAGGGGGAAAUGCCAGCUUCAAUGAGGGCAGGUAUCUUUCAGUGUUUUCAGAAGGGCACCCACAACAUACUUCUCUGCACAGACAUAGCUUCUCGGGGCCUGGACAGCACCCAUGUGGAGCUGGUUGUCAAUUAUGAUUUCCCCUUCACGCUGCAGGAUUAUAUCCACAGAGCAGGAAGGGUGGGCCGUGUGGGGAGUGAUGUGCCAGGGACCGUCAUGAGCUUUGUGACGCAUCCCUGGGACGUGAGCCUGGUUCAGAAGAUUGAGCUUGCAGCUCGUCGAAGGAGAAGCCUACCAGGACUGGCAUCCUCAGUGAGAGAGCCUUUGCCUCAGCAAGCCUGAUUUGGAUGGGUUGUUUGGUGCUAGAGCAGGGAUCUUUCUCCACGUCUUGGGUGGGUGAACACACUUACAGGAAGGUGUUGGGUUUGUCCCGUUGCCUCCCUGAGGGUGUGAUGAGCUGCUUGUGGCUUUGAAAGGUAAACUGUCGGCUGGGGUUGGAGGGUUGUCUUUCACCUGACACAAGAAAACUAAAGUGGGUUUUGGAUUUUUAUUUUGUAUCAUGUUGUGAUUUCUGAAAAUAAAUGAUCUUUGUAUGGGCUCCCUUUUCAAAACUUACCAUCUGGACAAAAUUCAGUGGAUUCUGAGGAUCCCCACUCCAAACCACCACUUAAAGGUCAGAUGCUCUUGAGUCAUGUUUUGUUUUCAGUUGUUGAUUUCUUGGAGGGGGUGGUAUUUGUUUUGGUUGGUUUGUUUUGUGAUGCUAGGAUUGAACCUAGGGCCUCAGGCAUGUGAGGCAAACACUACCACUGAGCUAUAUCCCCAGCCUGAUUGUUUUUCUUCUUAUAACUGGAGAGUGAAAUGAUUAGGUUGUCAUUUUGUCAUGAAUGUGUUUUGAAUUUCAUGUUAAACAAGUCUGUUAUUCCCACUUUGUAAAAUCAUUGGAGUCCCUCAUUUUGCCUUGGACAUAUUAAACAUUCCCAGGGUC